CUACAACUGAGGAAUGUAACCCGCUACGGUUUGUCGAAGUGGUUUGUUACUUAGAGAUCCUUGAUCAGCUGUUCCAGUAUCGUGAUAGAAAAGCCUAGAGGCGGUUGUUAGUGCUUUUCAAGGGAGACGGGCGCCAACUGGCAUUAUGGCCACAGCAAAUUCAGCAUUAAUGUUAGCAGUAUGUAUUCUUGUGAUAACAGAGUUCAUACUAGCACAGAGGGACUACUAUGACAUUCUAGGUGUACCAAAAGAUGCCUCUGAACGCCAGAUCAAGAAGGCUUUCCAUAAGCUAGCCAUGAAGUACCAUCCUGACCGGAAUAAGAGUCCUGACGCCGAGGCAACGUUCAGGGAGAUAGCAGAGGCGUAUGAGACGUUGUCAGACGGUAAAAGAAGACAUGAGUAUGACCAGUUUGGACAUGGACCCUCGGCAGGUGAGCCGGGAACAGGGGGAGGAAGGAGUGGACAGCACUUCCACCAGAACUUUAACUUCGAUGACCUGUUCAGAGAGUUUGACCUGUAUGGUCACAAUCAGCACUCCCAUCACAAGAGGGCCUUUGACAGUCAUUUCCAGGCCCAUCAGGAGGCCCAGAACAGGCACAAGAGACACUUUCAAGGCUCCUUUGGUGGAGGACUCUUUGACAACAUUUUUGAGGACAUGGAAAAUAUGUUCUCGUUCAACGGACACACGGGCAGGGCAGACAGGCGGUUCCAGGGCUCAGCGAAACACUGCAGGACAGUGACUCAGCGCAGAGGGAACAUGGUCACCACAUACACAGACUGUUCCUAAGUUAUCGACAACCAGAAACACAUCCCACACCCCACUACUCACUGGGUACGGGUUUAGCUAUUGUUGCGAUUUCAGAAUUAUUGUUAAUUUAUCACUUUAUUGAUCAUUAUUUUGUCUGGUCUUGGAAAGAAGAAAUGGUGCUUCUAAUGCGUUGAUGCCUAUAGCCCAUAAAACAAACUUCUCAAGCAAUUCCUUUCACUCACGGUGAUUGUUGGAUAUAAUUAGGAUGGGGUCCUCUUUGCUUAUGGUUAUUGUUGCUUGUUGCCUCCAUCCUGAUUUUCAGUUUACAUGAUGGUACAACAACCACUGACUCCAGUUUCUCAGGUUCUGUAAGCUUCCAUCUUUGUAUUGAGUUGUAAAAAAAAUAUGAAUAAUGUUCAUGCUUUUAUUUCCAUUCUAAAGCAUGAAACGGUUAUGUAAAAACCAAAGUAAUUCUUUCUUUCAGAACAGGCUCUUCCGAUAUCAUGAUAAAAGUCAGUGUUAUAUAGCACACCAUUUGCUUGAGUAUUUUUUUUUUUUUAAGCUUUUACAUUUGACUGAGUAAGUCAUUUCAAGGCAGAUGUUAAACCUUUUCCAGUUGGGAAUAGAGCACUUACGUUGAGUCUAAUACCUGUCAUUUCCCUGUCAAAGAUUAAGCCUAGUCCUGGACUAAAAACCAAACUCAAUGGAAGAUCUCCAUUGGAAUUUAAUUUUAUUCCUGGAUUAGACUUAAUUUGUGUAUGGGAAACCGCCCCAUAAUGAAGUAGACGAUAACCUAGCUAUUAACGUGUAUAUAACAUGACUAUACACAAUUAUCAACUGUUACCUCUUGUUUUUUUCCUGCAGAGUUUGCCUCUUCUAUCUUUUUACCAUGUGCAAUACAGUUGGCACCUUAGUUUGCUGUUAUCACGUUGCCUUAUUUUUUGGCUGCCUGAUUGUCAUUUUGUCUGUAACCAAUGUUUGCUGUCUGCACUUUGUUAAUCCUAAGAAUGAUCUAUUUUGAAAAGUUGAAAGGGUGAGGUUUUUGAGUGGUUCAGAAAUAAAUAAAACUCAGUAAAAA